UUGCAGAAGCUUUACUCGAGCUCUCUCUCCCUUUUUCAACUUGCUAUAGUGGCUGGAAAACGAAGUGUGAAGGAGGGGAGUUUUGGAGGUGGUAUAGGCAAGCCUUGGUGUACUUUGGGAGGGUUAAAUGGGGCUGACCUCCAUUAGUCUUCACACACAACAUAUCUCAUUGUUUUUGAUCUUCAAAGCAGCCUUUCAUUUAAAAGGCUUGGUGUUUUCUGUGGAGCUCACAAGGCUGUUGGGAAAAGGGAGCUGCUGCGGCAGCCUUGGCUUACCCUCUUGGGUGGGGGAGGACUUGGGCUGCCACCCUGCUGCCGAGACCUGGGCUUGCUGCCCUGGGCCGACGGCUGCUUCGGGCAUGGCCCCUGAAGGGUGCGAUUUUGGCCUGGGGAGGAGGGCCCAAAAUGCAUGUUUUGCAUACUUAACAUCCAUCUCAUUAAUUCAUGUGUAG